AUGCGAAACGAUGUGCUGGAAAUGGGGGAAAAGCCGGAGAGACCGCCUGGAGGUCUCAGCCCCGAGGUGCCCUUUUCGCUGCCGCAUCCCGCCAGGGCGGGCUCGGUGGCCUCGAGGUUGGGGAUGCUCGCUUUGCCCCCCACACGUGGGAGAGGACCCUCGCCAGCUCUCCACUGCGGUUUGAAUCCGCGGGGGAUUGAUCACCCUGCCCGCUCUGAAGGUAUUAAACUGCAAAUUGAAGGUGAAGGUGUUGAAUCUCAAUCCAUUAAAAACAAAAAUUUCCAGAAGGUGCUUGACCAAAAAGGAACCCCCAAGCGACUGCAGGCAGAAGCUGAGACAGCUAAGUCGGCUACGGUGAAGCUGUCAAAACCAGUGGCUCUGUGGACUCAGCAGGAUGUCUGCAAGUGGUUGAAGAAACAUUGUCCGAAUCAGUAUCAGAUCUACAGCGAGUCGUUCAAACAGCAUGACAUAACUGGGCGAGCCCUGCUGAGACUUACAGACAAAAAGCUUGAGCGAAUGGGGAUUGCCCAGGAGAACCUCCGGCAGCACAUCUUACAACAGGUGCUUCAGCUGAAGGUGCGAGAAGAAGUCAGAAACCUACAGUUACUCACACAAGCCUCCACCGAGGGUUCUCCAUAAACGCGGUUAGCCUUUCAAGCUGCUGUCCUGCCAGACGAUAUGAACGUGGCCUGUUCCUCCCAGAAAGACUAACUCAUGGCACUGCCAGGAGAUAUCCUUGGAGCAUGGACAGAUGAACCAGAUUCACUG